AUGACGAUGAUGAGAGGCACGCCUGGGUAUAUGGCACCUGAAUGGUUAACCUCACAAAUCACUGAAAAGGUUGAUGUCUACAGCUUUGGAGUAGUUGUCAUGGAGCUAAUAAGUGGGAGAAAAAAUAUUGAUAAUUCUUUGCCUGAGGAGAGUUCUCACCUCAUCAAUUUGUUACGAGGAAAGGCUCGAGAUAAUCAAAUGAGUGAUCUGAUUGACGAACAUAGUGAAGACAUGCUCUCGCACCAGGAGCAGGUCAUUCAAAUGAUGAAGCUUGCAAUGUGGUGCCUGCUAAAUGAUGCCGGUCAAAGGCCUAACAUGUCAAUGGUGGUAAAGGUAUUAGAAGGUGGGAUGAGCAUAGAAACCACUAUUCUUCACAGAUUUCUCAAUACAAAUACAGUCUUGCCCCUGGAAGAUAAUCCGAACGCAUAUUCAGUUCAAACUCAAGCAUCAAUUUUAUCUGGACCAAGGUGA